UGCAACUCUUGGCAUUUACUUGGGUUGGAAAGGUGCGGCAGGAAUACGGCAAAAGCACCCUGGCCUGACCCGAGCGUCCAGUGGCCGCAGCAGGCAGGUAGCCAAGGCUGUGAUCCCUUCUUGGGGACUGAGCGCACUGGGAAAGUGACCUGGCCACGAUUCAUUGCCCAGAGGCGUCCGCGCUGGGGCGACAUCUCCGCUGUCACCCACAGACCAGACCGCGGACGGCCCGAGCUCUGGCCACCCAGAGGGAAACUUUGAAAGCUGCAGCCCGAGGUAUUGCGGGACAGAAGCGAGGGCAAGGGACAAGCGACCUGGUGACAAGCUGAAGCGAAGUCUGUGGACCCAAAUUUGUUGGCCUCUGGGGUGGGGACAGCUCCCGGCCCUAUGAACUUUGGGAGUCCCCAGUAUCCAGGAGCGAAAAGGAGAGGGGUCCCGCGCUCCUGGGGACCCGAGCACUGGCGUCGGGGGGUCGCUGCGGCCCCCGGGGCUUCAUCCAAAGCAGGGGUGGGGAUGCUGAGUCACAGAUCUGUCACCGCUCCUCACCUCUCCGCAGCCCUCCGGGGGCUAAAGCAAAAGCGAAAGCGAAUGCGCCGGGCGGCAGGACAGUCCCAGAGCUGCGCUCCUUACGUCCCGGGGGCCCGGGCCUGGUGUCCCGGCGACCCCGCGGGGACCCGCGGCCAUGGCCCCGCCGCAGCUCCCGAGCAGUGCAGUCCACGCCCUCCGCGCCUUGGUGGUGCUGUUGCUGCUGCUGCUGCUGACGCCGCCGCUGACACCCGGCACCACGUGCCCAACUCCCACAUCUGUUGAACAUGCAGACAUUCGGGUCAAGAAUUACAAUGUGAACUCCAGGGAGAGGUACGUUUGUAACUCUGGUUUCAAGCGGAAAGCCGGCACUUCCACCUUGACAGAGUGUGUGUUAAACAAGACAACAAAUGUUGCUCACUGGACAACGCCCAAUCUCAAAUGCAUCAGAGACCCCACCCUGGCUCGCCAAAGGCCAGUGCCACCCUCCACAGUAGUGACUCCAAGGGCGACCCCAGAGCCAAAGAGCCCCUCCCCUCCUGGAAAAGAAAUUCCUACAGAACCAGAAGCUUUAUCUCCCAAGCCAAAUACCACAGUGGCCUCAGAGACAGCUCUUGUGCCAGGUUCCCAGCUGGCACCAUCCCAACCACCUUCUGCAGGAACCACAGGGACAGGCAGUCAUGAGUCUUCUCAAGCCCCAUCUCCCACAACAGCAAAGACCCUGGAGCCUUCAUCCUCCACCUCCCUCAGGACACCAG